AUGAUGGUUGAAAAGAAACCUAUGCCAAGAAAUUAUACUUUCUAUUCUCUCCUCUCUGUAGUUGGUUUAUCUAUUGGUAUAGUCUCGGUUAUGUGCUUACGAAGUUUGUCAAUACUGCCUUCAGCCAUCUUUACAUUAUCUUCCCAACAAGAAACAUUCCAAACUUCAUCGCCGUCGCCUCCGCCUCCUGAAUCUUCCUUCCCUCUGCUGACAUCUUUCUUACCGGUGUCAAACUCCACCGGCAUACUUCCAGUCAACAGAACUUCCAAUAGUUCUAAUAAUGCCUCUUUGGUAGAAGAACAGGGCAAAUUAUCAUUAAUGCACAAUUUGAGUGAUGAAGAAUUAUUUUCAAGGGCUUCCAUGGUUUCCAAAGAUGGGUUACUUCCAGAAAAGAUUGUCCCAAAAGUGGCUUUCAUGUUCUUGACGCGGGGUCCUCUGCCUCUUGUACCAUUGUGGGAAUUGUUCUUCAAAGGCCAUCAAGGUCUUUACUCCAUUUACAUUCAUGCUAGUCCUUCAUACAAAGAUUCUUGGCCUGAAAAUUCAGUAUUCCAUCGCAGAAGGAUACCAAGCAAGUCAGUUUCUUGGGGGAGAAUUACCAUGAUUGAUGCGGAAAGAAGACUUCUGGCAAACGCGCUUCUUGACAGAUCAAACCAAAGAUUCGUUUUAGUCUCCGAUACAUGCAUUCCGGUGUUCAACUUCACCACCGUUUACCAGUACCUAAUGAAGUCUACCCGGAGUUUCCUGGGCUCAUUUGAUGAUCCGUCAAAACAUGGCCGCGGUCGAUUCAACCCAGAAAUGAAGCCCACCAUCACCAUCCAACAAUGGCGAAAAGGGUCUCAGUGGUUUGAAGUCCACCGUGAUCUGGCCGUAUUAAUCAUCUCCGACCAAAAAUACUACCAGAUUUUCCGGCAGCAUUGUCACCAGCCAUGCUACAGUGACGAGCAUUAUUUGCCAACAAUGGUGACCAUCAUAUGCCCAGAAAAGAGCAUGAAUCGGGCCGUCACUUGGGUCGAUUGGUCCAAAGGUAAAGGGCCGCAUCCGGCGAAAUAUAGGCGGCGAGAUGUCACCGGCGAACUCCUAAGAAGGAUACGGGAUAAGUCAAACUGUAGCCCUCUACAGACUACGUAUCCACCAUUAAUGCAUAUGAUCAAGUCUUUGGAGGGAAAAAAAAUGAGCAAUGAGAAGAAACUUUUUCCAAGGAGUUACGUCUUAUAUUCCCUUAUAGCUGUUAUUGGUUUAUCCGCUGGCGUAGUUUCCAUUUUGUCUUUCGAAAGCUUGUCAAAUCUGCCUUCCGCCGUCUUGACAUUUUCUUCCCAAUUAGGUGGAUCAUUCGGUGUUUUUUCAUCGCCACCACCAUCUAUUAUACCGGAGUCAAAUGCCACUGCUGCCGUAAUUUCGGUUAAUGAAGCUUCCAACGACACAAGCAAUGUAGCUUUGGAAAAACAGGGGAUUCCCUCAUUGCACAAAAUCAAUGGCGAAGAACUAACUCCACCGCCGCCUGAACCACAGGUCAAACCGGAGUCAAAUGCCACUGCCGGAUUGCUUCCGGUCAAUGGAGCUUCCAACGACACAAGAAAUAUCCCUUUGGAAAAACAGGGGAUUUCCUUAAUGCACAAUAAGAGCGACGAAGAAUCAAAACCACCGAUUCAUGAAGAUGCCUCCACUUCACCACCACGACCACCACCACCACCACCACCAGUUACGCCGGUGUCGAAUGCCAACGUCGGCCUGCUUCCGGUUAAUGGAGCUUCCAACAAUACAUAUAUUACCCCUUUGGAAAAACAGGGGAUUUCCUCAACGCACAACACGAGUGCCGAAGAAUCAAGACCACCGCCGCCUGAAGAUGCCUCCCCUCCACCACCACCAGUUAUACCGGAGUCAAACGCCAAUGCCGGCGUACUUCCAGUCAAGGGUGCCUCCAACGAUACAACCAGUAUCCCUAUCGAGAAACAAGAGAUUCCCUUAAUGCACAAUCUGAGUGACGAAGAAUUGUUUCGGAGGGCUUCUUCCGUGGUUCCCAAAGAUUCAAAAAAGUUUGCUCCAAAGGUAGCUUUCAUGUUCUUGACGCCGGGUCCUUUGCCUCUGGCGCCUUUGUGGGAAUUGUUCUUUAAAGGCCACCAGGGGCUUUACUCCAUUUACGUCCAUCCUCAUCCUUCAUACCAAGAUUCAUGGCCUGAAAAGUCCGUCUUUUAUCAGAGAAGAAUACCUAGUCAGCCAGUUUCUUGGGGCGAAAUUACCAUGAUGAAUGCAGAAAGAAGACUCCUGGCAAACGCACUUCUUGACAGUUCAAACAAAAGAUUCACUUUACUCUCCGAUUCAUGCAUUCCGGCAUUCAACUUCACCACCGUUUACCGCUACUUGAUGAACUCCAAACAGAGUUUCAUCGGAUCAUUUGACGACCCAAGGGAAGUGGGUCGGGGCCGAUACAACCCGCAAAUGAAUCCCACGAUCACCCUCCAACAAUGGCGAAAAGGGUCUCAGUGGUUCGAAGUACACCGUGAUUUGGCCCUCUUAAUUGUAUCAGAGCAAAAAUACUACGAGAUUUUCCGGCAGUAUUGUCGCCCGCCGUGCUACAGCGACGAACAUUAUUUGCCGACGAUGUCGAACAUAGUUUGGCCGGAAAAGAUCAUGAACCGUACUGUUACUUGGGUCGAUUGGUCCAAGGGUGGCUCUCAUCCGGCGAUAUAUGACCAGAGAGACGUCACCGAUGAACUUCUAAAAAGAAUUCGGGGUGUAUCAGACUGUACAUUUAAUGGACAGAAUAAUGCAAUUUGUUUCCUUUUUGCCAGGAAAUUUUCGCCUGAUACCAUAGAGCCAUUGUUACGGAUCGCUCCAAGGAUAAUUGGUUUCGAUCCUUGAUUUUAGUACAUUCCAAAUAACACAUGUCUAUGCAUAAGUUUGGUUUAUGUAAUUUAAAUAUUCC